CACAACGACGUGAUGUAUCAAUAAUAUCCAAAAUUCCACUAAAUUUAAAAAUAAUAACAAACAGAAUGAUACUUAUAAAGAAAUUCUUCAAAUUAUUUGCUUCCAAUGUAAGUAAAAGCUACCAUGUAACCGUAGUGGGUGGUGCCAACGAGGUUGGUCAAACUAUAAGCCUUCUGUUGAGAACCCAACCUAACAUCAGAAAACUAGUGGUAUACGAUGAACUGCCCAAGACUUCUGGGAUUGCUUUAGAUCUAUCACAUGUCCCAGCCCGAUGCACCCUGCACAGUUACAUCGGCGAAGAAAAUCUGGAUAAAGCACUUAAAAACGCAGAUAUCGUGAUUGCAGCCGGUGGGGUUCCUAUGAAGCCAGGCCUAACAGAAAGUGAGUGGUUCAACAAAAAUGCAAAUUUUAUAAAAAUGAUAUCUGAAAAAGUUUCCAAGCAAAGUCCAUUGCCAUUUUUUGGGAUCGUCACUGAACCACUCAAUACUCUUGUCCCUAUGGCAUCUGAAAUAAUGAGAAACCACGGUGAUUAUAAUCCCAAGAAACUGUUUGGCAUUACAACUGUCGACGCAUUGCGUGCCCAAACGAUAUAUGCCGCCGAAAAUAAUAUAAAUCCGAUAGAUUGCGUUGUACCUGUCAUUUGUGGGCACUCGAACAAAACGAUAGUACCGUUGACUUCUCAAGCGCAGCCAAAAUGCACAAUGGAAGAUAAGAAGAUACAUGAAUAUGUCAAUAAGGUUCGUAAGGUAGAGAGUGUGAUCUCGAACGCUAAACCAAAAUGGUCUCCUUCAUUAUCAGUAGCAUAUGGAGCGCUUGUAUUUACUAGAAACAUUUUGGAGGCAUUGGAUGGACGACAAGCGACUGUCAACGCGUUAGUAGAAAAUAACGAUUUUGGGACAUCAUUCUUUGCUGGUUUAGUAGACGUUACUGAAAAUGGUUAUGGCGAGAUGAAAAGAUAUACUAAUAUCACAAACCAUGAGUGUCUAUUACUAGAAAGAAGCAUUGAACUAUUACGAAAGGAUGUAUCUAUGGGCAAGAAAAUAUUGGAAUUGGCAUGAAUUUUGAUGGACUUAUUGCGAUAUUAAAACAACAAAUUGCCAACGUAUACGAUUUUAUUAACGUAAAACCUUGGAUUUACAAAUAUUUCAUUAAAAACUUAAUCAUAUCACAGAGAUCAAUUUUUACAAAUUCAUUAAAAUUUGUACUACGAACUUACGAAAAGUAUAAAAUAAAACUACUUAUUUCUA